UCUAUUUUCUCAAUACGUAGUUUCGGUGAACGAGCGAAGAUGUGGAAGAUUGGCUUUCCUCUCGUGGUUCUUUUCGCCGUCGGGCUCGGUAGCCUCGUUGGUGGCCCACAGGACAUAGACCCUAAUGACGAUGGGGUCCAAAAUGCUCUCAACUUCGCCGUUGCUCAGUACAACCGAGGCAGCAACGACGUGUACCAGCACGGCGUAGUCGGAGUGAUAAAGGCUCAGAGUCAGGUGGUUGCAGGAGUGAAGUACAUCAUAACUGUGAAGAUGGCAAGAACCUCCUGCAGAAAGAGCAGCGUAAACGAUCUGUGUCCCAUCCAGACAGACUCCAAGCAUUACACCUGCACGUUCGCUGUGUGGAGCCGCGUGUGGCUAAAUGAUAUCCAGCUUCUGGAGACGAAGUGUCAGUGAGCUUCGUGGGACUGGUGGUGUUUGCACAAUAAACUUCACUCCGAGUUUGAUCACUUUUCAGAUGCACUUCUACAGUAUUGACUUCUCAUUUUAGCUUUACAGCAUCUUUCAUACUUCAUUAUAAAAUGGAUUAUUUGGUGUUUCAACAUAAAAAAUGCAUAAAUCUUUCUGUUAAAAACCUACAUGAUUGUAUUACAUGGUUUAAUAUACUUUAAUGAUCGUGUGUGUGUGUGUGUGUGUGUGUGUGUGUGUGUGUGUGUGUGUGUGUGAUCUGUGUAAACAGGUCCCUUUUGGGCUCCAGAUGGUUCUUAUUCUGAUGUGAUUUGCCUGAGUAGUCUUUUCUUCAGGUGUUCAAUAAAGCUUUGAAUCAGAAUACAAAAACUAUAAAUACUAAUUACUACCUGA